AUGCAAUAUCCUCAAGGCCUUGAUCCGUAUAGUGCAAGACAGCAUUUGUUGCACAAUACAUAUUCGCCGUUGAUUUCGUUACAAUCGAGUUAUAAUUCGGAAAGUAAGCUCAAAUCGAUACUUGAUGAAUAUAAUAAUCAUGAUGAUGAUUUAUCGAUAUUGAUGUUGUUUAAACUGUAUGGGAAUAAUGCAAAGUACUCCAUACCCAAUCAAUCCUUCAAGAUCACCAACACUCAAUUGAUAACGAAGAAUUACCCAAGCUUCCCCAUUCGAUUCGAACCCCUGUUACCGGAUUUACUAUCGAUUAGAGAUGCAUCCAAUAAUUUUGAUAAUAAUAAAUUGAAUCAGCUAUUUAGUAUAACAUCUUUGGAAAUCUUAUUGAAGCAUAUAAGCACCUCGGACCCCUCCUUGACAAAAGGAUUAUACUUGAAGUUCUUUAAUAAGAUUAUAACCUCCAAUAAUAUCGUACCGUUUGAGACAUUUAACCAUCCAAUAUCACAAAUUUUUGUAAUAAAUUUCCCCAAUGACUCAAUUGAUGACUUAAGGAAGUUGAUUGUUGAAUUCAGAAAUCUGAUUUUCCCUCCAUAUUUUCAAAUUGAUGAUUUACUUAUUCAUAUUUUCAUUUUAUAUGAUUCUUCUCAAAUUUCCGAUUCUGAUAUUGUUCAAUUUCAAAAUUUAAUUAAAAAAAAUUUAAGUGUUAACUCAACCAGUUUCCCAAUAAAUAAUGAUAAUAAUCAAUUAAUUCAAAUCCCUAAAAAUGAAUAUUCAACUAUAGAGCAGGAUUUACAAAUUAUUAGCUUGAAUCGCUCCAAAAAAAUAUCUUCUUCCUUGAACAUUCCCAUAUCGAUCGAUACAGUAUUGAGAAAUAAAAUCCAUGAAUAUAUCAAUAAAUACUUGAUUCCCCAUAUGCAAAAAAAAAUUAGAAUAUGGGAUGAUCAGAUUUUGGCUCCUAAAAAAUCUUUCACCGGUCGGAUCUUUUCUGUUUCUAAAAAAUUCUUUAAUAAUAAUAAUAAUAGUAAUCCGUCCAUUGAAUCUUCUCCUGAAAAUUCGUCCUUUAAUUACUCUGGCAAUUAUUAUCAUAAAUCCUCUACUGAACAAACUAUAAGAAAAUUAGCUGAUUGGUGUUUAAUCUUAAAAGAUUUUAAAUACGCUUAUAGUACCUAUGAUUUUAUUAAAAAAGAUUAUACUAAUGAUAAAGCCUGGGUUUAUGUUGCUUCAAUUCAAGAGAUGUGCAUUGUUUCCUUAUUAUUGGCUCAAACUCAACAGAUUCAAUCUUCUUCUUCAAUUAAUCCGCCUGAUAAAAAUACCUUAAGAAAAAUCCGUCAUGAUAUAAUAGAGCCUUAUAUUGAUAAUUUGAGUUAUACUUUCAAAUCUCGUCUUAACGUUAAAACUUAUUCUUUGAAAUCUUUACUAAUAACUAACGAAUUAUUAUUAUGCAUGUGUGUUACCUAUGAUAUUUCUGGUUGGUGGAUAGAUUUACUCGAAAAAUUUUUCUGUAAAUGUAUUAAUGAAUUCGAUACUCAUUUGGUUUCAAAUAAUCAAUCCCUGCAAGUCAUAAGAGCUAUUCUUUAUGAAAGACUCGGCUACACUUUUGGUAAAUGUAUUUAUUUAUCUUCUGAUGAUCGUCGUUACAUCGACAUAAAUCCUUCAAUGUUUGAUAAAUCUUUCAAUUCGGAUCCUGUCCCGGAAGGUCACUAUUCAAAUCCAAAUAAAUUACACCCUGAUAAAAAUAAUGCUAUAAAAGGUUUAACAAGACUUAGAAAAUCUUCUAUAUGGUACCUUUUAUCAAUUAAAGAAUGGCUCGUUCUUAAAAAUUUUAAUCAAAUCCUGUAUUUAUUACAAUGCAUUGGUUUAACUUAUAAUAUUAAACAAGACUCAAAUGAUUGGUAUGAUAAGUCAGACGUAUUAUUGGGCUUCGUCAAAAAAUCUUUAAAAGAUUAUGAACAUGAAAAUCAGAUUGAUUAA